AUGGGGACGGAGAAGACAACAGAGAGCGCGACCCAAAGCACCGAGCGCAUUGAGAGCUCUGAUCCUGAGGAGCUUUCCGCAUCUGCAGCCUACGCACGCAUCUUCCGAUAUGCCAACUUCUCGGAAUACUCGCUGCAACUCAUCGCCCUCUUCGCUGCCAUCGCUUCUGGUGCUGGCAUCGCCUUCCAGAACCUCAUCUUUGGCGACUUCAUCACCACCGUCACCAAGUUUACAACCGAUCGCCUGUCCCCCGCCGAGUUCCGCGACGAUGCCGCUCGGCUGGCCCUCUACUUUGUCUACCUCGGCGUUGGCAGGUUCUGCUUGUCAUACAUCUACAAUUCUCUCUUGACAUAUGCGGCACACUGCAUUACUCGGAAUAUCCGUCGCGAGUACCUGGCAGCGGCGUUGAGGCAGGAGGUGGCAUUCUUUGAUCUCGGCACUGGCGGUUCCGUCGCAACUCAAGCUACCUCGAACGGCCGUCUGAUACAUGGCGGCAUCAGCGAAAAGCUAGGUCUGGCUUUCCAAGGACUCUCUGCCUUUGUUACAGCCUUUAUCAUCGCCUUUGUUGUUCAGUGGAAACUUACACUCAUCUGUCUCUGUAUUGCUCCGGCUACUCUUCUGGUUAAUGGAGCAGCAGCAGGGAUAAUGGCUGGUUAUGAGACCAAGAUCCUCACCAUUCAUGCUCAAGCCAAUUCCUUCGCCGAAGGCAUUCUAUCCAGCGUGCGAACGAUCCACGCCUUUGGGAUGCGUGGUCCUCUUGUCUCCAAGUUUGACCAAUACCUUACCGACGCUCAUGCAGUUGGUAAGAAGAUUUCGCCCCUUUUCGGCCUUCUUCUUUCAAUCGAGUACUGUAUCAUUUAUCUGGGCUAUGGACUCGCUUUCUGGCAAGGCGUUAGGAUGCUUUCAAGGGGAGAGAUCGACGAACCAGGAGAGAUCUUUACGGUUCUCCUGUCCGUAAUCAUUGCUGCAACCAACCUGACAAUGCUCGCCCCGUAUUCGAUCGACUUUACUCGAGCCGCCACCGCAGCCGCCAAGCUAUUCGUAUUGAUCGAUCGAAACUCCCGCAUUGACCCCUUAUCGAGCACCGGAGAGCAGCCUUCUGAAAGUAUCAUCGGAGAAGUCGAGCUGAACAACAUCACCUUUUCCUACCCCACGCGCCCGGGCGUCACCGUUCUGGAUGAUUUCUCCCUCAAGAUUCCUGCGGGAAAGGUCACAGCCCUCGUGGGUCCGUCAGGCUCUGGCAAGAGUACCAUUAUUGGCCUUCUCGAACGAUGGUAUGACCCUCACUCCGGCAGCAUCAAGAUCGACGGCCGACCUAUCGAUAAUCUGAACCUCCACUGGCUUCGGAAGCACGUCCGCCUCGUCCAGCAAGAACCCGUCUUAUUCCACGGCACCAUCUUCGAGAACAUCCAACAGGGCCUUAUCGGCACCCAGUGGGAGGACAUACCCAAGCAAGAACAGGAGAAGCUUGUUCAUGAAGCUGCCAAGAUGGCUUUUGCUCACGACUUUAUCUCUGAUCUUCCCAAUGGCUACGAUACUCAGAUUGGGCAGCGCGGCGGGCUUCUCUCUGGUGGCCAGAAACAACGCAUUGCUAUCGCGCGUAGCGCCAUCUCCCAGCCGAAAAUCUUGCUUUUGGAUGAAGCGACUAGUGCGCUUGAUCCAUAUGCUGAAAGUAUUGUUCAACAGGCCCUUGAUAAGGCGUCUAAGGGUCGCACCACGAUCGUUGUUGCGCAUAAACUUGCUACUAUCCAGAAGGCUGAUAACAUUGUUGUUAUGACAGAUGGGCGCAUCGUGGAGCAAGGCACUCACGAGUCUCUGAUCCAGGCUAACGGCGUAUACUCGCGGCUUGUCAAGAUCCAGGACCUGUCCGUCGAUGAUGAUGAAUCGGUAUCUUCAACAGAUGAGACCAACGUUGCCGGCCACACCAGAGAAGAGACUGUCGAAAUCUCGAGGACCCUGACGAACCAUGAGGCUUUGGGCACGAGAGCCGACCAGGAUCGGGAUAACUAUGCUCUUCAUAAGCAACGGGGUGUUCUGUAUGUUCUGGCACGCCUUGUACGAGAUACUCCGGAACUCCUUUGGCCGUACUUUUUCACGCUGGCUGGAUGUCUCCUGGGUGGCGCAAUGUUCCCAGGACAAGCCAUUCUUCUGGCCAAUGUAAUUGACAUCUUUACCCUCACAGGCUCCGAGAUGGAACAGCAAGGCAACUUUUAUGCCAAGAUGUUCAUUGUUCUCGGCGGUGGCUGUCUUUCCGCCUACUUUGCCAUUGGUUACGCAACCAACAUGAUCGCCCACCAGCUAAGUCACAAGCUGCGCAAGCAGAGUCUUGAUGACAUGCUCCGGCAGGACCUCCAGUUCUUCGAUCGAGACGAGAAUACCACAGGGGCGCUCGUCAGUCGCGUGGAUUCCAACCCGCAAUCGAUCCUUGAGCUCAUGGGCUACAACGUCAGCUUGAUCCUCGUGUGUGCCCUGAACGUGACUGCCUGCAGCAUCCUCGCCAUCGUUCACAGCUGGAACCUCGGGUUGGUCGUUGUUUGUGCUGGUCUUCCUCCUCUGGUUGGGGCUGGCUACCUGAAGAUUCGAUGGGAUGCCAAGAUCAGCCGCGAUAUAUCUGAACGUGAUGGGGCCAGUGCCUCUAUCGCCUCGGAAGCUAUCGCAGCCAUUCGGACUGUGUACUCUCUUGCCAUUGAGGAAGUGGUACUCAAAAGGUAUAGUUCUGAAUUGGAUCAUGCCGUGGCUGAUUGCAGACGCCCGCUUUUUACCAUGAUGGUGUGCUUUGCCUUUACGCAAGCCAUCGAGUAUUGGUUCAUGGCUUUGGGCUUCUGGUAUGGUUGUCGUUUGCUGUCCUUCGACAAGAUCACCAUCUAUGAGUUUUUCGUCGCCUUUCUUGGCGUCUUCUUUGCUGGACAGUCGGCAGCUCAGCUUUUCCAAUACUCCACAAGCGUCACCAAAGGCAUCAAUGCUGCCAACUAUGUCUUUUGGCUCAAGGGACUGCAGCCAACGAUCCAAGAGACUGACGAGAAUCGAAACAACGGGCCGAGUUCUGGAGGCACAUCGGUUGAUCUUGAUGAGGUCCGGUUUUCUUACCCUCUCCGGCCCAGCAUCCCAGUUCUCAGGGGAAUCAAUCUUUCGAUCAAGAAGGGCCAGUUCGUGGCGUUUGUUGGUGCGUCCGGCUGCGGAAAGUCCACCAUGAUCGCUCUCCUCGAGCGCUUCUAUGAUCCUUCAACUGGCUCCAUCAACAUCGACAAGUCACCCCUCGUGUCUCUUAACCCACGGCUUUAUCGACAGUUGGUCGGUCUCGUGCAGCAAGAGCCAGUCCUCUUUCAAGGAUCAAUCCGCGAGAACAUUGCCCUUGGCAUUGAUGAUCCCGCAGUCGACACUUCGCCCUCCACUGCCGCACCUUGCAUCUCUGACGAGAGGAUUAAGUCCGCUCUUCGCGCCGCCAACGCCUGGGAAUUCGUCUGUUCCCUUCCUGAAGGCCUUUCCACGUCUGCUGGUUCCGGAGGCACACAGCUUUCUGGUGGCCAGCGACAGCGUAUCGCCAUUGCAAGAGCGUUGAUCCGCAACCCAAAGAUUCUGCUCCUUGACGAAGCGACGAGUGCUCUUGACACGAAGAGUGAAAAGGUUGUACAGGCUGCGCUGGCUGAAGCUGCCAAGGACGGCGAUAGAAUUACAAUUGCUGUUGCACAUCGUCUCAGCACGGUCAAAGACGCGGAUGCCAUCUGUGUGUUCCAUAAGGGGAAGGUUGAGGAGAUGGGAACGCAUGAGGAGCUAAUUGCGGCCGGUGGCCUCUAUCGCAAGAUGUGUGAGGCCCAGGCCUUGGAUUAG